AUGUCAACUCAGGCUGUGGCUAAAACUGGCAACAAGCCAGAAUGUGCAGCAGUUGUACAGCAGUAUUCCAAGGCUGGCAUCUUUCAAGCAUUGCUGGACUGGACAACCGUUGCUGACGAUGAUCUGUGCAUCAAGCAUCAUCCACAAUUCCACAAAACAGUAAAUUAUCGACAUCUCACCAGUUCUGGGGACACGGAACACACUGCUUCUGGUCGGGCCGAUGCGGAAGCGACUGCCUCAAUGUCGCCAUCUUGUGACAUUCUGAUGAGCAGAUUUAUUGCUAACAACCAAGACCCUGCCGUCGCGAAGCAUGUCCUGAGCACUAUGACACGUGAACCUGUGUCUCCACUGGCAACCUUGUUCAACAAGGUACUGGUAACACCUUCACCAACCACACCAUUGGAACCUCUGACUCCUCUUUGCCCUUCAACCGCCGCCUCCCCAAGCAAGGAGCAUCUUCGUGCAAUGGGAAACAGGACACAACCAAAGACCAUUGGACAACAUGGCAAGCGCAAGGACAGACAAACAGAAGAUUAUGUUGUGGAUGAAACAGACCACAAAGCAUCAUCAUCAACGGCACAUGCAGUUGCAGGACCAGUUAAGGCAAUGUCAUCCAACACGGUCAAUGAUAUAGGUUUCUGGGAUGUAGACACCAGGCCGGCUGGAUGGGGUUGUGAUUCCACCAUUGCAACAUUGGCGGAGUGUGACAAAUGCAUCAAAUUAGACAUACCUUGUAUUGUCCUGCCAGAUAAGAAGUAUGGUUUCACAAGACUUGAUGGUGUUGGUGUCCAGGCGAGGUUGUAA